ACCCAGAUGCUGCUGAGCUGAGCCGAGUGGCAAUGUACAGUAUGUAGUGGAGGAAUUUAGGAGGCAUCCAUCUGUCCAUGCCUUAGUGGUUCGGGUCGGAAUAUUUAUGCUCUGGACUUUCUGUACUUCCUGCUGUGCAUGCUCGCUCUCUCCCCGUGCAUUGCGCGCUCCACGCCGGCAUUCCCAAGGUUAUGUGCGGCCGUGGGUCAAGAGUUCCACGCGCGGAUAAGCCGCUUGGCUUCCCUCAUCCACGUCGCCUCGUGCUUUCAAGUUAACGUAGACGGAUUCCGUUUACGCCCGCGUCUCGUCAUCCGGCAGUUUCUGCGCUCGAUCUGCUCAUUCCGCUGCUCUGUUGACCUGCCUUUGCUCCUUCGCGGAUCACGCCCUACUACUACCGCACAAUCACGCGCUUACUCCUCUCCGCGUGAACCUGCACGUUCCGCCCGUCUGUGAUCGCACGCGGACCAGACACACCGGACCCACAUUGGCGCGUUCGCUCGUUCCGGAGCCCACCACUCCGCCAUGGCCAGCAGUAGCGGCGGCGGCGGGAGCGGCGGAGGCAGUGCGCGGUCGGUGCGCGAGCUCAAGAGCAUGUUCGGAAAGCCUGCCGCGCCGUCAGCCGCCGCUUACGUCAGCAAGCUGCAGGCCGUGACGGCUAAGGACCAGCCCGGGGGCCAGGGUGGCGGAAAACCGGCGGAGGAUUCCCCCCUCUCCGCGGCGCAGCAGGCGUUCCGCUCCCCCUCGCCGCUGGCGCUUCCCCACCAGCAGGAGAAGGGGAUUCCGGCCAGCGCCUCGCUUCCGCCAAAUGCGCGUUCCGCCUCCCCUUCCCCCAUCCCCGCGCGCACCAUCCUCACCACCCCUUCCCAGCUCGCCCCCCAGCCUUCCCCCUCCCAACCCGCUGUCAGCAGCAAGCCUGCAGCGGGCGCGGAGGAGCGGGGCGGAGGCGGAGGGGCAGGCGGAAGGGAGGCGGGGACGGCUAGCGCGGUGCACACACAGCUGAGCAGCGACCAGGCAGCGCGCCUGAAGCAAGCAGAGGAGAGCCUCGAGGCGACCAACUACGAGCUGGCGGCGCUGCGGGCGAAGCACAACGAGAAGACGGCGCGGCUCAAGGCGCUGCAGGAGAGCAAUGUGACGCUCAAGCACAAGGCCAAGGGGCUGGAGGCUACCCUAACGGCGGCAGAGGCCGAGAUAGCUCGAUUCGAGGAGGAGAAGGAGGAGGUGCGGAGGAGGGUGGAGGAGGAGGAGGCGGGGAAGCGGGAGGCGGCCGUGCACAGUGCCCUGGAGCGGCAGCAGGAGGAGCGAAUCGCCCCGCUGCAGUCCGCGCUAGAGACGCUGGACGCCGCCCAUGAGGGCGCGAUGAAAGAGCUGGUGCUGCUAAGAGAGUCUUUUAAAGCGGCGGUGGAAGAGGGUAAGCAUUUGCGGGCGAGGCAGGCGGAGGGGGAGGCGCAAGUGGUGGCGCUUAGGGAAAUGCAGGAGGUGGUUCUGGGGGACUUGGACUCGUUAAGAGCUCGCCAUGAUACAGUGUGUAAGGAGUUGGAGGAGGAGAGGGAGGGGAGGGAGAGGGAGAGGGGGGAAGGGAAGGAGUUGAGGGAGAGGGCGGAAAGAUUGGAAAUGGAGAAUGCUAAGUGGGAGGGGAGGAUGGCUGAGGAGAGGAGGUUGAGGGAGGAGUUGGGGGGGGAGGUGGAGAGAGAGAAGAGGGGGAGAGCAGAGGCAGAGGGGAGGUUGGAGGCGGCACGGGAGGAGAGAGAGGGGGAGAAGAAGGCGAGAGAGGAGGUGCAAGAGGUGUGUGAGGGGUUGAGGAAGGAUAUAGAGCGGUUGGAGGGAGAGGUGGGGGCGUUAAAGGCAGGGAGAGACGAGGUGGGGAGGCUACUGGCUGGGGCUGAGGCGGGAAGGGAGGAGGAGGCAAAGGCGGUGGAGCGAGUGAGAGAGGAGAAAGAGGAGGCGGAGAAACAGCUGGGGGGGUUGAGAGAGGAGCACGGGAGGGUACAGGGGGAGCUGGAUGCGCUAAAAGAGAAGCACACUAGCAAGGAGGCGGCGUUUGAUACGCUAGUGGUGAGCCAUGGUGCCAUGGCUGCUGCUGUGGAGGCGAUGAGGGGCGAGAUGGAGGAGAAGGCUCGGCAGGCGGAGGCUGCUGCCAAGACUGCGGACGAGGCUCGGCAGCAGAUGCUGGAGGCUCGGGCCGAGGCUGAGAAGGUGCAGGGGGAACUGGAGAAGGUGGUAUCUGAGGUGGGGAAGGUGAGGGGGGAAUUGGCGGAUAGGGAAAAGGAGGUGGGGGAGAUGAGGGAGAGGCAUGAGAGAGAUGCAAGAGAGAGGGGGGAGGAGGUGGAGAGGCAGCUGGGUGUGUUGAGGGGUGAGUUGGAGGAGAGUAGGAAGAAGGGAGAGGAGGUUGAGAAGAGGUUGGGGGAAGAGAGGGAGGCGAGAGAAGAGGCGGAGAGGGCGAGGAGGGAAACAGGGGAGGAGGUGAGGAGAAAGGAAGAGCAACUGGUGACGGAGAGAGAGGAGCGGAAGGGCGACGUGGAGCGGUUUAGAGAGGCACAGGAGCAGCUGGAGGAGAGGAGGAGGGAGGCGGAGGGUGAGGUGAUGAGAGUGAGUGAGGAAGUUGAGAGGGUGAGGAGGGAGUGUGAGGAGAGGAGGAAAGAGGCCGAGGAGAGGAGGAGGGAAGUAGAGGUGAAGAGUGAGGAGGUAAGGGUGUUGAAGGGUGCAGUAGAGGCGUUAAGGGAAAAGGAGGAAGUAUUGAGAGGGAAGGUGGAGGAGUUGGGGAGAGAGGUGGAGCGAGUGAGGGGGGAGUUGGAGGGAGUGAGAGGGGAGAGGGAGGAGGGGAGGAAGAGAGAGGAGGAGCUGAGGGCGCAGUUAGAAGCAGCGAAGGUGGAAGCUUCCGGGAAGCAAGCAGAGCUGGUGGCGCGAGUUGAAGAGGCGGUGAGAGGGAGAGAGGCGGCGGAGAGAGAAGGGGAGGAGAGGGGGAGGGAGAGAGAUGAGGUGAGGGAAGCACUGUGGAAGGAGAAGGGGAGGGUGGAGGUGGGGGAGGAGAGAGUGAGGGGGCUGGAGAGGGAGGUGGAGGAGGUGAGGAGGGGGAGGGAGGAGAUGGGAAUGAGGGUGGAGCAGCUAGAGAAGAGGUUGGAAGAAGCUGGUGCUGAGGUGGCGGCAGCUCAGGCUGAUGUGGCGAAGCGUGUGGAUGAGGUGGCGAGGCUGAAGGCUGAGGUGGAUAAGGGGGGGGUUGAGCUGGAUGGUGUGAGGAAGGAGUUGGAGAGGGAGAGAGAGCAGCACAGGGAGGCACGGGAAGGCCUAGAGGGGUUGAGGGAGCAGCAUGGGAAGCUGCAGGGGGAGAAAGAGGGUCUAGCUGGCUUGCACGCAAAGCUGGAGGAAGAGCAGAGAGAGUUGAAGGGGCGGUGGGAGGAGGUGGGGAGGGAGAGGGAGGAGGAGCGAGUAAAACAUGCAGCUGCUUUGGCACGGUUGGAAGGGCUGCAGAGGGAGUUAGAGGGGUUGAGAGAGAGCGAGGAGGCGAGGAGGAGAGAGGUGGAGGAUUUGAGAGAAAGAGUGAGUGAGGCAGGGAGGGAGUUCGCAGAAUGGAAGAGCAAAAGUGCUGAGCUGGAAGAGGGGAAGAGCCAGCUCAGCGCCAGGCUGGCACAGGUAGAAGCUGACCUGGCAGCAUCGCUGGCAGCUGCUAAAUUGGCAGCAGCAGAGGAGGCGGAGCGGGUGAGGGAAGAGGUCCGGGUGGCUCGGGCCGAGGCUGAUCAGCUUCGGGGAGAGGUGGUUCGGCAGACAGCCGAGGCUGAGGCUCGGGAAGAAGCGCGGAGAGUGUGGGAGGGGAAGUAUCGGGAGGCAGUGGCAGAAGGGGAGGGGAGGAAGCAGGAAGCAGAGAAGUCAGCUGCUGAGCUGGAUAAGAUGAAAGCUGAGCUGGCGGUGGCCAUGGGUGAGGUGGCAGUGGUGUCAGCUGCGCUGGCAACCGCAAAGGUUGAGACUGAGGGGGUGAGGAAGAAACAGGAGGAGGCAGAGAGGGAGGUGCAACUGGUGCAGGUGCAACUGAGAGAUGCGAAGGGGGAAGUGGAGGUGGCAAAACGAGGGAUAGUAGAGGCAAGGAGUCUUGGGGAUGGGGAGAAGGGAAAGGCAGAGAGCGCUCUGAAGCAAGCAGCAGCGGCGUGGGAGGAGGUGGGGAGGUGGAAGGGGCAGGCAGAGAGGAGCAAAGCGGAUGUGGAGUUGCUAGAGAGGGAAGUCAAGGCGCAGGAGGGGAAGAUAGAGGCUCUGAGAGGGGAGGUGAGAGAGAGGGAGAGUGAGCUGGCGCUGCUGCAGCAGGAGGUGGAGAGAGUGAGAAAGGAGAUGGAGGAAGUGAGUGUGAGGGAGGAGGAGGUGGCAGUAACGGUAAAUAGGGCGGUGAGGGCGAGAGAGAGGGUGGAGGAGAGAGUGAGGGAGGUGGAGGGGGAGGUGGAGAGAGUGAGGGGGGAGAAGGGGAGGAUGGAGGAGGAGCUGGUGAGUGUGAGGGUGAGGAUUGGGGAGGCGGAGAGGGAAGUGGAAGAGUUGAGCAAGGAGAGGGAGGAGAGGGGGCAAGAGGUCGAAGAUUUGAAGGGGAAGCUGGAAGAAGGGCUCACUGAGGUGGCAGCGCUCCGUGCUGACCUGGCUGCUGUCCAAUCCGAGGUGGCAAGCAAGCAGGCUGAGCUGGAGAAGCAGGCAUCUGAGCUGGCAGCAGCGAGUGGAGAGCUCGAGAAGGAGAAAGCAGCGCAUGCAGUGGUGGCUGCAGAAAUGGGAGGUAUCAAGUCUCUGUAUGCCCUGCUGCAAGAGGAGCAUGGGAGAGUGGUAUCAGAGCAGGAGAGGCUGGUAGGGGCAUAUGCGAGGGAGGUGGAGGAGAAGGGGGAGGUGAGGGCAGAGAAAGCAGCACUCGCUGCUAAGGUUGCCGAGAUGGAGGCUCGGGUUGAAGUCGUGAAGGAGGAACAGGCUCGGGCGGCUGCCGAGGCUGAGGAGGCUCGGAGCAAAGUCAAGGCCGAAGCUGAGGAGGCUCGGCUGGAGCUGGUUCGGAGGGAGGAGGAAGUGAAGCUGCUGAGGCAGCAGAGAGAGGAGGAGGUUGAAGCAUUGAAGCAGCAGCAGCAACAGCAGGAGGAGAUUCAAGCAUUGAAGCAGCAGCAGCAACAGCAGGAGGAGAUUCAAGCAUUGAAGCAGCAGCAGCAACAGCAGGAGGAGAUUCAAGCAUUGAAGCAGCAGCAGCAACAGCAGGAGGAGAUUCAAGCAUUGAAGCAGCAGCAGCAACAGCAGGAGGAGAUUCAAGCAUUGAAGCAGCAGCAGCAACAGCAGGAGGAGAUUCAAGCAUUGAAGCAGCAGCAGCAACAGCAGGAGGAGAUUCAAGCAUUGAAGCAGCAGCAGCAACAGCAGGAGGAGAUUCAAGCAUUGAAGCAGCAGCAGGCUGCAGGUGCGAAAGAUGCAACCACUUGGAAGAGAAUGGCUGACACGCAAGCUGCUGAGCUGGCAACCGUCAAGGCUGAGCUGGCAGCUGCCCAUGCUGAGCUGGCCGAAGUGAAGGUGGAACGUGAGGAUAAGGUGCGUGAGCUGGCAGCAGCUGCUGACGAAGCAGAGGCGAAGGGGAUCGCAGUGAAGGAGAGGGAGGAGAUCUGCAGCAAGCUGUCAGCUGAGCUGGAAUCGCUGAAGGCUGAGCUGGAAACUCGUAACGCUGAGCUGGCAGCGCUGACAGUAAAAGACGAGGGGAUAGCAGCGGCAGUGAGGGAGCAGAUACAGGCCCGGAGUGAAGCAGAGGGGCAGGUGAGAGAUGCGCAGAGGGAGGUGCAGCUGGUGCAGGCUCAGCUGGGGGAGGUGCGGACUGAGUGUGAGGGGUUGAAGGAGGUUAUGGAGAGGCUGGGGAGGGAGGUAGAGGAGGGGAGGAGGGUGGUGGGGGAGAGGGAGAGGGAGGUGGAACGGUUAGCGGGGGAGGUGGAGAGGGGGAGGGUUGAGGCUGCAAGGGCUGGGGGGAGAGAGGAGGUGCUGCAAGGGACAGUGGCUGCAAUGACUGCGGAGCUGGGUGCUCUGAGGAAGGAGCUUGAGGAAGAGAGGGGAAGGUUCGCCACUCGUGUUGACGCUGCUGCUGUUGCUGCUUCUGCUGACGUGGCGUCGGCUGCUGCGCUGUCGGAAUCGCUGCGUGCCAGGCUGGCAGCAGCGGAGGCACGAGAGAAGGAGCUAGAGGCGAGGGUGGGGGAGAAAGAGAGAGAGUUAGUGCAAAGGGUAGAGGAGAAAGAGCAAGAGCUGGUGAAGAAGGUAGAGGAGAGGGAACAGGAGAUGGUGAGGAGGGUGGAGGAGGAGGAGGUGAGGGCAGGAGCAGCUGUGAGAGCAGCGGAGCAGAGAGAGAAGCAGCUGGUGCAGAGGGUGGAGGAGGAGGAGGCAAAGGCGGCAGCGGCGAUGGCAGGAGGGGAGGCAGCGGUAGCAGAGGCGGGCGCUCUGAAAGCCGAGCUAGAGGCAGUGCGAGCAGAGCUGGAAGCAGCACAAGGAGAAGCGGAGGCUAGGGAAGCAGAGUUGAAGGCAGCACAAGCCGAGGCAGAGUCAACGAGGGGCGCGCUGAGAGCAGCGCAGGGAGAAGCGAAGGCAGUGCAGGCGCAAGUGGCGGUGCUGACAGCGGACGGGGAGCAGCUGAGGGACGCCUUGGGGGAGGUGAGCCGGAUGAAAGAGGCCCUGCAGGGGGAGGCGAAGGCUGUGCAGGGACAAGUGGCAGCGCUUACUGCCGAUGGGGAGCAGCUGAGGGACGCGCUGGGCGAGGUGCAGCGGCAGCUGCGCGUGAUGACCCGGCUCAAGGAGGCCCUGGAGGGCGAGGUGAGGAAGUGGCGCGAAGAGGCGGUGAUCCGACAGAAGGUGGAGGGCGAGGGGGAGAGUGGACGGGGGGAGAGAAGGGUGAGUGGCAUGUGGCGCAGUGCCAUCGAUGGCGCUCUCCUGCUGCAGCAGCACGGGCAGCAGCAUCAGCAGGGGCAGCAGCAGCAGCAGGGGCAGCGGAGGCUGGUAUCGAGCAUGUCAGUUGACAGCACCCAGCUACAGCGACAUCUGCCACAGAGCACCAGUGGAGAUGCUCUUACUCCUGCUCCACCUGCUGCUGCCCCUGCCCCAGUUAUCACCUCCACUUCAGAUGCACCUACCCCAGGCGGCACUACCACCAGCACCUUAACUGCAGCAGCUGCACCUACAGCAGCAGCAGCCUCCCCUGCCGCCUCGCUGCCACCUCGCCCCACCACUCCAGCCUCGGCUCCUCCCAAGGUCUCCCAUGGCUCCCAGCCCGUCCCACUGCUCGCCCUGCCUACUCACGCCGCUGCCUCUCCUAGUAACACCAUUGGGACGUCUCACCCAGACAACCACCCAGCUGCUGCUGCUGCUGCUGCUGCUGCUGCUGCGGAUGGCACAGCAGCAGGUGCAGGCCCAGGCCCAGGCUCAGAGCACGUGUCCGCGGAGCAGGUGAUGCUGCGUGCAGGUGCUCCAGUGGUGGGAGAAGGUGAUGUGAUUGGAGGAGGCAUUCGCCCGGAUACCGCUGCCUCCGCCCCUCACCCGGCCACUCCCGCCCCUGCCACGCCAGUCGUCCCUCCCACUGCGCCCAGCCCGCACACCAUUCCUCACUCUGCGACAGCCUCUCGCAGUGGCUCCCUCACUCCCACCCUCGGCUUCACCCAUUUCAUCCAUCGCGCAAAGACCGAGUCUAGCAAGGCCCGCCCCUCCUCAGCUGAUUUCUCCUCGGUUGUAAAAGCGGUUCGACUUGCCUCGGCCUUCCGUAGCCCUGGGAAAGGCAACGCCAGCCCUGCAGGUCAGGGAAGCCCAAGCCGGAGCCACAGGCCCGGGAGCCCAGGUACGGCGAGUGCAGGGUCGAAGGCAGGUAGUAGUGGGGGAGGGACGCUGAGGAGGAUUGGCACGGGGAUGGUGGGACGGUGGAGAGGUGGGGGUCACAGUGGUGGUUUAGCCACUGGGGUCAGUGGUGCAGAGCCCCAGGCUGAUUCAGAGGAUGUUCAGCCUGCAUCUGCACCUCACAGUCAGAGUGAUCUGCACUAGGCCUUGGUCGCAGGAAGUCAAUACUUGUGCCAAGUUUAGUUGGUAGGUUGGCUGAGUUGGUUAGCCUUACAUUGUGGUUUGUGACUUGAUACAGUGUUGGGUCGUAUGGUAGCGAAAACCCUAGUGUGACGGGUAGAAUGUAGGUCAAAUUUUUAUUGUGAUUUGAUGUAGUAUUGUAGU